GCCUGCCGCUUCUGGGCUUUGGACCCUUGGGAGCGACCUGCAUUCGGCUGUUUCUUCCAUUUUCUGAAAGUCUGCCAUGCCAGUAGAACUCUGUUUGAUUUCGAGAAGCCAGGACAGUUACCAUAGUCCGGAUUGGAUCAGCCCAUGGACGAGGACGUGGUCUCGGAAUUCCCUCAACAUCAUGUUCUGUAGUCCAACAAAGCGCAGGUUGUUGGUUGGGGCAGAUGUAAAAUGGUGGGAGCUCGUUAUACACCGGAGGGUACCACAUCGUCGGCAAGGCUGGGAUGGAGAGAGAGCGCAGUGGCCACAUGUUACCGGAUUGGGAUUGGAGAUGCAUGAUUACUCCUGGGCGACUGAAUCGUCAAGCAAGUCACCAGGUUCAUCAUGAUGUCCACGCGCCAACUGACAGAUCCAAAUUGGAUUUGCAGGCCACGAUCGGAUUCAUCGGAACAGGAGAAUGGCUCGGAAAGCCUACCUCGGCUCAAAAUAAGCUUUGUCUUGGCACUGCACCUCGGAGCCCGAAUUAGCAUGCACUUGCAAGCAGUCCCCAUCCAUUCUUCUCUCGCUUUUUUCUUGCAGCCACUGUUGCCCACAUCGACUGCCAAUGUUUAAUAAUUGCGCUGUCCCAGCAUCAAAAGCCUAAGUAGCACAUAGAGCAGAAGUUCUUCAACACAAGCAAAACCAUGGCUUCCACAUUACAACCAUCUACAAAAGCUACGCUGACCACGUCCACUGAAUUGUCCAAUGUUCUUCGGACAGCUUAACACUUGGAAGCACUCGAAUUUUCUAAUGUCAUAUUUUCGUUGAGGAGUAGAACCAGAUUGCGAGAACGAGGAAAGGCAAGGCCAUGGCCCCAAAGAACUUGGCCAUGGCACCAAGGCGAAGACAGUAGGAACAUGCUCCAUGACAACUCUCCUAUCGCUCCGUCCGUAUCCAAUCGAAUAGUCUCUCGAAAUUAUUAUUUUCGCAAAAUUUAGAGUUUUCACUGGUCUCUGAUAACAAUUAGAGAUCUAGGUCGCAUAUCAUAAUACACGUGUAAAAAAUUAUCAAAGUCCAGCUGUAUCUCUAUUUAGUGCUCC